AUGAGCGAUUUGAAAACGCCAUUCCAGCUCUUGGAACUCAACGUGAUCUCGGCACAAGAAUUGGAGCCGAUAUGUCGCCGUCGCAAGAUGCGAACCUACGCGGUGGCUUGGGUCCAUUCGGAGCGAAAACUCUCGACCCGAAUCGACAACCGAGGUGACAUCAACCCGACGUGGAACGACAAGUUUAUUUUCAAGGUGGACGAAGAGUUCCUUUACCGCGAAACAUCUGCGAUCAUGAUCGAGAUCUACGCCGUCCAUUGGUUCCGUGACAUCCACGUGGGAACCGUUCGAGCCAUCAUCGGAAACCUCAUCCCUCACAUCGCUUCCCGGCCGAACCGGCGCGACGAAGUUCAACUAGGGACGACGUUCGUCGCGCUUCAGGUUUGGAGACCGUCGGGUCGGCCGCAAGGGAUAUUGAACAUCGGGGUGACGUUGAUCGAUAGCUCGAAGAGGAGCAUGCCGUUGUAUCUUCAAAUGGGGUCAUCGGCGAUUGGGUACAAGCAUUUAAUGGGCGAAGAAGAGUACCCGGUCUCCACAACUUCGAAAAGCAACGACAAUGAAAACCCUAGUCCUUUGCCUAAGCCGAAGCUCCGACGAACCAAGAGCGAUUCGAGUUCAGUUUUCCCUUGCGAUUUGCAGCCUAAGAUACCCACAAAGGGUUCAUCGAUUAUCAAUGGUGGGUCAGUCGUUAAUGGCGGAGGCGGAGGCGGGUCCAUGGUUAACGGGUUUGAACCCGUAAAGAGAGGAGGCUCCAUGCUAAAUUACCCCGUCGGGAAUCUUAAUCCCGGAAAGGGUAAAUCGGGGUCGGAGGAGUUUAAUCAAAGGGGAAGUUCCAUGGUAAAUUUCCCGGUUUCGAAGAUUACUUGUAAAAAGGUAGCAUCUAGGGGGAGCUCCAUGGUGAAUUACACCGUCGGGAAACUUAAUCCCAGAAAGGGAAAAUCAAGUUCAGUUGUUAACGGGACGGAGGAUCCGGGAAGAAAAUCAAGAAAGGGAAACUCAAAUUCAAGUUCGGUCGUUAACGGGUCGGAAGAUCCGGGAAAAGGAAGAAGAAAGGGAAAAUCAAGAUCAGGUUCGGUUGUUAACGGGUUGAAAAAGCCGCUAAGAAAGUCACCGAACGGGUCAUACGUCGGGGCUCCAAGAAAAGCCGGUAGAGAGAAAGCUUGGACCGAUUCAGAAGUCGGUCCAUCUCCGUCCGAAGUGGCGGCAUCAAUGGCGAAAAACAUGCACCACAAUAACAGGUUCGAUGAUUGCGAGAGUUCCAUAUUAGGGUGGAGUAUAGAAGACGACGAUAGCAUCGAAGGGCUCCGAUCAAAGCUGGAACAGUGGAGAAAUGAACUGACGCCGGUUCGCGACUGGAGAAGCGACGGUUCUAGUUCCUGGUCGGGGUCUAGCAUUCCGUCCUCUGAACGAAGAAGACAUGCUAGACGACACUCCGACGGUGGCGGGUCGUUUGCAUGUUUUGGUAACAUUUGUGGGUGCCAGAUUUCCAUUACUUGCGGCGGCGGAGGCGGUGAGGAAGCCACCGGUAAUAGAAGGCAUCGAGCACCCGAUAGCUCCAUUGCAGAUGACAUGAGUUACAUUUGA